AUGCCGCCCACCCUCGCACUCACCUCUGUGGCUAAGCCACUCACUCCUCGAGACAAGUCGCCAUUGUCGAAGCUCUCACCUGAGAUGCGCAACAUGAUUUACGCUCUCGUCUUUGACGGCAGCCCAACCUUCGUUCAAGAGUGGGAUCCGAAGUACCGCGCACGGACAAAGGGCCAGGGACUCGACUUCAAGAAUCCCGACAACUUCAUCCACUGGGCCAAGAAGAUAGGCCCUCAGCGCCGCAACUUGCUCACCGAUGUCGUCCUUGCACCUAUGCCCAGGUGCAUCAGUCAAGCGCCAUUCAUCUUUGAUCCAGCCGAGGCUCUGCGCACGUUCGCUCAAGAUGCUAAGCUUUUGCUCGAUCGAGUCGUGCACAAGGGUGGAGUGAGUAGCGGUGUGGUCAAGAUCAGCUUCCCGAUCUGGUAUGGCCAUGCGGAGAAGUGGUGGACCAGCGAUCCGGUGCGGUUUGUCGAGGGCAUCCUCCUCGACCGUAGAGACCAGCACGACCAUAUCACCAGUCUUAGGAUUCUUAACGCCAUUCACAGUGUCUACAACGAUCCCUUCGGACGCACACUGGAGCUAUCGAUGAGGCCACCGAGAUUAUUGUGCAAGCAUGACGGGUACGGCAUCCUGGCGUGA